ACGAAGUCAAGUCGUGCAGAAGAAAACAUAUUUGUCUCUACAAUUAAUGAAAGCGUAUUAGACUGAAUUAUUGGAGAAACAUUAAGACGCAUUACUCCUUUUAAAGCUUUCGAAUUGUCUCUCGCUUUAUCAAAAUUCAGCCCAGUUUCAUCCCUCUCUGCACUUCCUUUCAUGGCGUCUUCCUCUGUAUCUAAAAAGUUAUAUGAUGCAUUCAUAAGCCACCGAGGCCCCGAUGUGAAAGAAACUGUGGCUUUUGCACUUUACGAAUCACUAGAGGAAAUGGGAUUUUGGACAUUUCUUGAUGAUCAAGAAUUACAAUUGGGAGAUUCAAUUGAGCCUUCCUUAAAAAAUGCCAUAUACUAUUCCAGUGCCCAAAUCGCCAUCUUCUCACCAGGUUAUGCGGAGUCCCCUUGGUGUCUAGAUGAGCUGGUUGACAUGUUGAAGACUAAGGUUCUGUUUAUUCCUGUAUUUUGUGAUGUGGAUCCUUCUGACCUUCGCUACCCUGACAAAGGAGUUUAUGCACCUGCAUUCGCAAAACAUCAAAAAAAGAAGAGAUUCAGCAAGGAGAGGCUUCAGCAGUGGAAAGCAGCCCUCCAUUCCUCUUCGCUCAUCUCUGGCUACAAAUUCAACACAUCUAGCGAUAAUGUCGAGAUGCUGUGUGCAAAGAUUGUCUUGGCUAUGCAACAAGGGGUUGGGAAGCCAUAUGUCUUCCCAAGACAUGGGGAAGUUGCAAAACACAAGGAAGGUCUUCAUUCAGAUGCGGCAGCAUCAACAAGUACAUCAGCACAGGUGAAGAAAUCAAGUCUUCUGCCCAGAGAUUCUCGUCCAGUGGGGUUAGAAUCCAAAGUUAAAGGCAUGGUAGAAUUGUUGAAAAAUCCAGAAGUUAAAUUCAUAGCCGUCGUUGGUAUGGGCGGCUCGGGGAAGACAUUUCUUCUCCAGAAUGUCUACAAAGCCGUAAAACGCAAGUAUCAUCAUUCUGUUUGGCUCUCGAUUUCAAAAUCUUAUUCUCUCAAGAACUUGCAACGUGACAUAGCCGCCGACUUAGAUUUAACAAGGGAAAUUGUGAAUGCUGAAGUAACUGAAAAGAAAGCGGCUGAAUUGAUUCAUGCCCGUCUGAAAGGGAAAAAAUCCCUUAUUGUGUUCGAUGAUUUGUGGGCUUUCUUUACUGAAGAUAAUCUGAUUGAUAAUCUUGGUCUGCCUGCUGAUAGAGAUUGUAAGGUUAUGAUUAGCACAAGAAAUGAGCAGGUUGCUCUAGAUUUAAGUGCUCGAAUUUAUAAAAUGGAAUUUUUAUCAGAUGAAGAAAGUUGGAGGUUGUUUUGUGCUUAUGCAUUCCCAGAAUGUGAAGGAAAUAGAGCACCACCGCACGUGAAAGAGGAAGGGCGGAAGAUUGUAAAGCAAUGUGGAAAUCUACCACUUGCCAUCAAAACGAUAGCAGCAUCUCUGAGCAACACCAGAGUUCUCAGCAAAUGGGCGUUGAAGCGCCAUGAGCUCGAAAGAGUAGUUGCUCCCUCUGGUGAGAUUAACCCUGUCAUGAAAAUAUUGAAAUUGAGCUAUGACUCUUUGCCUGCACACCUUAAACCAUGUUUUGCAUAUCUUUCUUUCUUUCCUGAGGAUGCGGAGAUAAAAGCAGAGUAUUUGAUAUAUCUGUGGCUAGGAGAAGGAAUCGUCCCAGCAGGUGAGGAGCAGUGGGAUGUGGCGUGGGAUUGGUUAGAUCAACUUGCUCAGCUGUGUCUGCUUCAAGUAUAUGAGGAUUUUGAAGCUUUUUCUUUUAUAGAUAGGCAUAAUUUAAAUAAAUACUGUAAAAUUCAUGAUCUGUUGCAUGAUUUGGCCAUACAAAUUUCAAAAGAAAAUAAAUGUGCUUUUUCUGUUGAGGAAGUCUCUACACAUACAAUUGCCGCCACGGGCUGGUGUCGGAUUUUGCUGGCCAAGAAAGGUGUAUGUGUUGUCAAGACUAUCUCGGAGAGCCAUCCUGUUUAUCUCCGUACACUCUCACUAUCUCAGAAUGAGAUUACAAGCAUUCCCACAAACUUGUUUACCACUAUGAGAGGACUGCGCGUUCUGGAUUUGAGCUCCACAAAGAUCUCUACACUGCCUGCAUCUGUUGGAAAGAUGAUUCUUCUGAAAGUUCUGAAUUUAAGGGAUACAGAUAUUGGGGAGUUACCAGAGUGUGUGAGACAUUUGAAAAGUCUCUUGUAUCUUGCUCUCCCUAACGGUUGCACUCAAUUACCAGAAUGGAUAAGCGAACUGCAAUGUCUUCAGUGUUUAGAAGGUUGGCAUAUCGAUCGCAUGCCAAAGGGAAUAUCCAAGCUGACCUCUUUGAGAGCACUGCGAUCAUCCUAUGCAUUCUCCAAAGAAGAAGUCGAAUCCAUAGGGUUAGGCGGUUUGGCUAAUAUGACUCAGCUUCAAGAAUUAAGUUUAGUAAUUACCCAUGAGAUGCAGAUGAAAAGGAUAGAACAAGGGACCAUUGCACAGCUGGUAAAGAUGCGCCGUUUGGACAUCCUUAAUGAUACUUGUGAGGAAACAGAGCUUCUGCAGCUUCCUGAAAAUAUUAUUACAUCAAUGAAACAUCUGGAAAGUCUUAGAUUAGGGAGGUUUGUAGUGCCAAGUUGGAUAUGUGAGUUCGCAAAUCUCAAGGAAUUACAUUUAUGUUAUUGUGAAUGUAGCGAUUAUCCCGAGUUGCAAAAAAUGCCCAAUCUAGUGUUAUUAAAGUUGAUGGAGAACAAGAGCUGCAGAGAAUUGCCUGAUGCAUUUGGAGAGUCGGGAGGGUUUCCACAACUCCGCUAUUUGGAGAUUUAUGACUUUCCUUUAUUAGAAGAAUUCCCUGAAUUGGAGGGGGGAACAAUGCCAUGUCUUGAAAAUCUCGUUCUAGAAAUGUGUCCGAAAGUGAGGAGAGUGAAGGGAUUGGAGAAGUUGCAAAGACUACAAGAGUGCUCUAUAGAGGAUGUUACUCAAACAUUCAGGCGUUCUUACAGUGGCAGGAUUCUGGAAUCCGUGUACGGAAAAAAACAAGAUCCAUGUAAAAUACUUUGACGUCUUCAGCAACAAUUUAAAUCUGUAAUGGACGGUAAGGUAAAGCGUUAUUGUAUGCUGUAACGGAUGGUAGUCAAAGAUUCUUCAACCAUUUCUGUUUCUUGAACAGUUUUUAA